CACUUCCGCAACUAGGGGCAGCUCUACUUCCGGUGCCUUCUGCUGGGCGGAAGUGGGCAGAGCGGAGGGGGAAAAUAGUGCUCCUUUCCGGUGUCGGGGCACAGUUGAAGAAGCGACCCAGGGACAGGGAGUCGUUCGUGAGGAUGACGCGGCAUGGCAAGAACUGCACCGCGGGGGCCGUCUACACCUACCACGAGAAGAAGAAGGACACAGCGGCCUCGGGCUAUGGGACCCAGAACAUUCGACUGAGCCGCGAUGCCGUGAAGGACUUCGACUGCUGUUGUCUCUCCCUGCAGCCUUGCCACGAUCCUGUUGUCACCCCAGAUGGCUACCUGUAUGAGCGUGAGGCCAUCCUGGAGUACAUUCUGCACCAGAAGAAGGAGAUCGCCCGGCAAAUGAAGGCCUACGAGAAGCAGCGGGGCACCCGGCGCGAGGAGCAGAAGGAGCUUCAGCGGGCGGCCUCGCAGGAUCAUGUGCGGGGCUUCCUGGAGAAGGAGUCGGCCAUCGUGAGCCGGCCCCUCAACCCUUUCACAGCCAAGGCCCUCUCAGGCACCAGCCCAGGUGACUUAGAUGAUGCCCAACCUGGGCCCAGUGUGGGUCCUCCAAGUAAGGACAAGGACAAAGUGCUGCCCAGUUUCUGGAUCCCGUCGCUGACGCCCGAAGCCAAGGCCACCAAGCUGGAGAAGCCGUCCCGCACGGUGACCUGCCCCAUGUCGGGGAAGCCCCUGCGCAUGUCGGACCUGACGCCCGUGCACUUCACACCGCUAGACAGCUCCGUGGACCGCGUGGGGCUCAUCACGCGCAGCGAGCGCUACGUGUGCGCCGUGACCCGCGACAGCCUGAGCAACGCCACCCCCUGCGCUGUGCUGCGGCCCUCUGGGGCUGUGGUCACCCUCGAAUGCGUGGAAAAGCUGAUUCGGAAGGACAUGGUGGACCCUGUGACUGGAGACAAACUCACAGACCGCGACAUCAUCGUGCUGCAGCGGGGCGGUACUGGCUUCGCGGGCUCCGGAGUGAAGCUGCAAGCGGAGAAAUCGCGGCCAGUGAUGCAAGCCUGAGUGUGUGCGGGAGACCAAAUAAACCGGCUUGGGUGCGCAA